ACAGGCUGCUUGCAGAGCAGACGGAGCAGACUGUGCAGCAGGCUCUCGAGUGCAGCGGUCGUGGACUUGUUCUAAUUUUACUGAAUUAAACAGGAAUUUUCAGUGGCUUUCUCCACAUUGGUCAAGUAGUAGAAGAAUUGUAGAUACUGUUUCAGGUUGAGUAAUGGAUAUGAAUGUAGCGGAGGUUCCCGUUGCUUCCCAUUCUGGUUCAAUUACUUCUAAUGAGAAACCCAAGAUAAAGAGGAAAAAAAGGCGGAGGAAUCCGCGCAACUUUUUCAGUAGAAAGAAAAGAAGGAGUCAUAAACCUAUGGUUGAUGCUUUAGAAGCCAACACAUCGACCAAAACAUUUGGUUAUGGUUCUGUUGAAGGGAAUGGUCCAAAUACAUACCACACCAGUGCAUUUGUCAAAGAGACAGUGGAUGAUCAGUUUGACCCAACCCGCAUAAAGCCUGAUAUUAAUGAAGCAGAUCAAUCUAGUAUGUUGGAAAUAAAGCUUGAGUCAGUGGAUUACUGCGAUACUGAAGGAGAGGUACAAAGUGAAAUGAAUGAAGCAGAUCAGGCUUGUGCAAGAGCUAUAGAUAUCAGCCCUCUUCUCAAAAAUACCAUAAAAGGGCAAUGGAAGCGUACCUUUGCCUCUUUACCAUCUCUUCCAAUCGAACCCGCACCUGUUUCCGAAGGCACCAGUCGUCAAAUGACCAUAAAGAAUUUGGAUUCAACUCUAAUAGUUACUAUUGUAAAUGAUACUGUACAACCAUCACCCACACACUUUAAAAUUCCUACGGAGAGCAACAUUUAUAGUAGAAUAGAUGAAUUCAGAGUGCCACUAAUUGUAGACUGGAAUAAUAGCAGCUCAUCCUUUGUUAGACCUACUUCUCCUCUGCUUUCUGUUGAAAGCCCUCUUUAUGGACCAGAUGUGAUGCCACAGUUUUCUGGUAUCAGUGUGAACCUCAUGGACACAUUACUGGAACAUCUGAAGGUUUCUCUCCCAGUGCCGUGGAAUCCCAUUUGUCGCAAGGAUGGAGUCUGUGCACUUCUCUUUACAACAGAAUGUCUUCCACUCACGUCUGUGCGAAGAAGUGUGUUUGUGCACUAUGAGCAGGGUUCUGUGCAGAUUGGCAUUCACGGAAAACCUCUGCCCAAAGACCACCAGAUUUGGAAUGAGACUGGUUUAAAAUUUCCACUCUGCAAUGAUAAUGUUGUGGCAUUUUCAAAUCGAGUUGUGAAAAUUGUGUAUGCUGUUCAUCAACUUAAAAUAUGUCCUGGUAUUGAGUCCAAUGAAAUUAACAGCAAGAUUUUUGUUGGCAAAAAGGAUAUCAUUUUUGAAGAGGACAUGUUUGAAAAUGUUAAUGGUUCUUGCUUCAGAUCUAAUCGCUGUUCUCUUUUAAUAUCUAUGCGUCGAAAAAAGUGUGUUGCUUGUUCUAAAUUUGCUGAUAAAAUGAACUGUCACAAAUCAAAGACUACUGCCAAGGACUUGGCCAUUAAUCAAGACUGUGAUGAAACAGAAAGCUUUAAAGAAAGUCCAGGUUGGAAUUCUGAUCAUGAUUAUUUGUUAGACAGUGAUUCCAUAAGACUCCUUAAGAAAGAACUAGGGGAAAUUGAACUUCAAGAUGAGACUAAUUGCAGACUUACAGCAAGGGUAACAAAAAUGUUGGAUAUGGAAGGAAUUGACAUUGACACUCAGUUGAGCAAAGAUUUGAAAACGAUAUUGGAAAACAAUAAGCUUUCUCAGGUACAAAGAAUAUUUUUACAGCACCAGAUCAGGUGCUCGAAAGUAACGAGCAAGACUUGUGUGGUUUGCAAGACAUGCAUGAGGUGGCACCCCAUUCUGAUCCGAUUUGCACUUUACCUAAUAAGCACAUCCCCUGUUGCACCUGAUACUGUACGACAAAGUGGAUUGAUAAGGUUGCCCUGUGGUCGAGCACUCUUUGAUUACUCAUCAAUUUAUAAGCCUGUUGCCAGCAACAAAAACAUAGCUGCGACCAAAGUGAAAGGCUUGAAGGAACCUUAUGAAAGGUUUCACUGUCUCAUUUUUAAUGAAAUAACAACCUCUCAAAAUUUAGUCUUUUCAAAGGAAACUGGUGAAUUAUGUGGGUAUGCCCAUUUGCGUAAAGUUACGAGAGAAAUGGAUGAGCUGCAGAAGUUGCUGGAGGACGAAGAAGAAUUAAAAUUAAACUGUCCCCGUCCAGUUGUAAAGCAUAUGUUGACCUUCAUGAUUAAAGGGACUGCAUCUGGUGUAAAGGAAGCGGUAGCUUCAUAUCUUAUCACCAACCUGACCAAAGAGCAGUUGUUCUUGAGAACUUGGGAACUAAUUGGUAGCUUAGAAUUGGUUGGAGUUCCUGUUGUUGCCCUAAUUUCAAAUAAUAAUCCUGUCAGUAAUGCGUUCUAUCAAAUGCAUGUACCAGUAACCAAGAAUGACAAUGGGAUUGUUUUUGACACACUUAAUUAUUGUUCUGGUGAUGGGAGACCUUUGUACUUCUUCACUGAUGUUUCCCAUUUGUUGAAAUGCAUAAAGAGCAACUUCAUGAGUUCUGGCAGAGGUCUGGAAAAGACUUGUUGUCUGAUCAAGAAUGAGCAGAUUAUUACCUGGGAUACAAUAAUGCGCAUGUACAUGGAAGAAGAGCAUGAAGCAUGGUCCAAUGGCUUCAUAUUAAAUGAAGAAAAUGUAUUUCCUGACUCAUAUUCAAGAAUGAGGGAUCCUGUAGCAGCCCAAGUUAGAAGAAACACUGUCUCCAAAAUGAUUGACAUAUUGGAGUACGAAGAGUGUGAAGAGACUGCUAUUUUUAUCAAGAAGGUGAAUGAUUUCUUUGAUAUGCUUAAUGGGACACAUUCUGAUGAAGCAAGAGAAACAAGUAAUCCAAACCUGGCCAAGUAUGACAGCCCCCAUGACACAAGAUUCACAGAACUUUUGGGUUUCCUAAAUUACCUUCAGGAAUGGAAAGAAGAAGCACAUGCAGCAACCAAGACGAGAGAUUUUUUUGCUGCAAGACAACUUUCUUUGCAAAUUGUUGAAGGCAUUGAGCGUACUGUACUGGCCUUCAUUGGGUGUACUAAACUGCUUCUGGCUAAUGGUCAAAAAUUUGUAAUGGCUCAAGUGUUUUCUCAACAUCCAUUAGAGCUACACUUACACCAUCACAAUACUACAGGGGGUGGAGACAGAAACCUCAAUAAAGCAGAAAAAGGCUGUAAGAGAAAACGAGAGGACGGAAAUGGAUAUUCAGUAUGGAUGUGAUAAUUCUAUGUUAACCAAAGGUUCAUUCAACAAAUGUGAUGUGACUAUUAUAUUGGUGCAGGUCUUGCUCUUGACCGACCCGACCUGCUCUUGUGUAAUUAAAAUAUAGUGAACAAAUACUAUGAUGUAACAGAAACAACUCAGUCAUUCACUUUAUUUCGAAGAAGAUAUGAGUUAUCUUCAAAACCCAAUGCAAGUG